AUGGAUCUCUCAAGUGACAGCAGUUCUUUUUUCGGUGUUGAUUCUACAUUAUUAUUGCAGUCACAGUCCCAGCCGCAGCGACACCAGAAGCUGCAAGACAGUGACCAAAACAAUUAUGCAUUGCACAACCUUGGCAGUCAAAUGGAUGGUGGAAGGAGAUCUGAUCUGCUGUUGGAUGUCUACUGGAUUUGCAGUGUGGUAAGAGAUGGGCAAAAUGUUAAAAAACUGAAAGCAGAAACAAUUGUGUGUGGAGGAAUUGAAUGUAAGAACGGAGUAGCUGGGAAGAAAGUAAAUGCAAGAACAGUAAAAGAAGAUCGAGUUCCCAGACGGCGAUUUACAGCUGAACUCCCUGCACAAAAUCUGAUUCUUUCUCUCUCUGCAUUCAAAUUGAUUCCUGUCACUGUGCAGGGUAAAAAUAAUGCUGAACUUUCAAUGACCCUGGAAAGCUAG